AUGCUGUGCAUAUUCGACCCAUUGAAGGCGGCUUUCCCUCAGGGCUUGAACUUGCCUUAUCAGGGAGUGGUGCCUGCGUCGCCUGUUCCUCAGACAACAGCACAGCCUUCAGAUUCAGGAAAUUCGGUGACGAGUGGAUCUCAUUGUCAGGCAUGGACUCGUGCAGUCAAGGCCAAAAGAGGGCCUAGGGCCGCGGAUCGUCGUGACGAGGCGUACCGCCGGGUCCUCACUUUACUUCAUGCCUUUUCGAGUUUCUUCGACCUGUGUGCUUUGAUGGCAGAUGACGAGGAGGACGGCCAGGAUUCUGUCCAGGCAGUUUUGGCAGGAAAAUCACCGAAUACCAUUUUGAAGCAUCUGGGUCCGGUUCGUACUUUCUGCGAGUGGCUUUUGAAAGCCAGUUGUACCCCGCCUUUUGCGGAGAAAGUCUUGUGGUCUUUCAUCCAUUGUGUCCUCAAGAUGCCUAAGACCGCGGCUACCACACUGGACAGUAGUCUGCGUGCUAUCAAGUGGAGUUAUUAUACCUUGGGACUACGUGUUCAACUAGAGGUCUUCAGCAGCCCGCGAAUUCAUGGUGUGGUGAAGAAGGCGCUACAGACUAAAAACCCGUGGUGCCCGGCGUCACCCCUCAAGGUGUCCGAAGUUCUCCAACUGCAUGCGAUCUGUUGUGAUCCCUCUAUUUCUGUCAUUGAUAGAUGUGGGGCGGCGCAUUUUCUUGCCAUGCUCUAUGCGAGGGCAAGAGCAUCGGACAUCCGGUGUGUCAAAAGUAUUUUGAUCGAUGUGCACAACGAGGACUGGAGUUCGGGUUUCAUUGAGUUAGGGACGCUGGAACACAAGACGUCCAGGUUGGACACUCAGCGACGUCGUAUAUUGAUUCCUGGCCAGGGUAUUGCCAAAACACCUUUUGGUCAGCUUCUUCUGGACAUUAGGGCUGAGGCCGGUUUGCCGAAUGAUCAGGCGGAUGUUCCAUUUUUGCCGGCGCCUCUGCCGGAUGGAUCGUGGUCCUCCGACCCGCUGUCUAGCAGCGAAAUUACCAGGUGGUUGAGGUAUCUACUGCCACGUCCAUCGACGGAACAGGCCGUGAGUUCGCACUCGUUGAAGGUUACCUCACUUGUUUGGUGUAGCAAAUUCGGGAUGCUUCGCGAAACCAAGCGCGUUCUAGGCCAUCACGCGGACGCUGCGACUGGCAGCGAUGCAGUGUAUGGACGCGAGUUGCAGAGCGCGGCACUGCGUGAGUAUGUUGUCGUGCUGGAUGCAGUCGCGACGGGUAAGUUCCUGCCGGACCAGACUCGGUCGGGUCAUUUCGCAUCAGGUUGGACUCGGGAAUCUAUCCUGCAGGCAGCUGCUUUUCCGCAGGACUCGGAAGUCCUGGAGGCGGCUGUGGAGGACGAUCAAGAUGAGGCUUUGGCUGUGGUUUCUGAUGUUUCAGACUCUGAUGAAGAAACCCCGGAGGAACAAUCCUUCUGGGCUCAUCCGACUAGCCAGGUCCUACAUCGUACGACUUUGGGGUACUUAGCCAUGACGAGUUCCGUAGAUUCGGCGCCUUUCUUUGUGCAGCGCGCGGAUGAAAUCUCGCUCGCCAAGCGAGUAGUGGAUGCCUUGAAAGGUAAAGGAGUGUCUACUUUGGCCCAGCUGGCCUUCUGUGUCGGACAACCGGGACAGGUGCUAUCUCAGACUGAGUUUGACACGUGGAGCGAGGCCCUGUUGGUAGGCAUCACAGUGGGCGAGAAGGCGUCUUUGCGGCGCCUGAUCUUGGAAGCUCAGACCAUGCUAGUGGCUUCUUUGAAGGAUCUAGCAGAACCGGCUGAACACGCUUCCCCUAAAAAGGUGGGGGUAGCCGAGCGGAAUGCUCGCAUGGAUCAGCUCCGGACUCAGCUCGCCGGCGUUUCGCUCACUGGACAGCUCGAGCCGAGUCAUGCAUUACUCGACAUGGCCGUUCAGCAGUGGGAGAGUCGGUGCCUGAAGUACAUCGGUCCAGAGAAGUGUCAUAGCCGUGAGGAUGAGGUUCAGAACGUCAAGCCUUUGACCACCAGUCUGUCCUUGGAAGGCGGUAAGCUGAAGGUUACGGAGGCUGCUGGUAUGGAUGAUCGCGAUAUUGAGGGCUCUUUGCAAGUCCUUAAUGCCCUGCGCCGCAGAGGAGUGGCUUAUGCAUUUGCUCGCUUGAUUAGUUGGGAGAAACAUGAAGCUUAUGUUGCCUCUUUGUUCAGAUAUCUUACCAAACCUGCUCAGCCUGGUUACAGGAAAGUGUCUCUUCGUCAGAUUCUGCGGGCUGACAAGCUCGCUUUCUCCAAGUUGUCGGAGGCAGGUGAAGACAUCCGGGCGGACGCCUCAGGCACUCUCCCACUUGAUGCAGCGAUCGGGGCUAUUCUUCAUGAUUACGACCUAAUUGUAGCCCUUUUGCCCAUGGGCGACCUGGACGGUAAGGGCAAGAAUGCCAACGGCCGAGGCGGCCGUCCCGGCCCUUACGGCGAUACUGCUCCCUGGAAGGGGAAGAAUGGCAAAGGUAAGGGAGGUUGGAACUCCAAAGGCUCUGAUAAUUGGACUGGGAAAGGCAAGAACACCUGGCAAGCUAAGGGCAAGUCGCCUAAGGGAAAAGGCUCGGGGGCUGGCAAGCCGGAAUGGUUACCUGAGGGACUUCGCUAUCAGGCGGAUUCCCCGCCUUGUCCCGUCGCUUUGGCGUCGGACGUGGAGAUGACAUCUUCGGAAGAACCCGUUUCAGGUGGUAUCUCUGUAGCUGAUGUCGCGGCCCCGGCUUCGCCACCUUGUGGAGUGGGAGUGGACCCUGCUUCUAAGAUGGUGGAUGUCGACGAUUCUCCGAUUUUGGUAGAACCUACAGUUUUGUAUCCCUCUACGAUGCCGAGUGCUUCGUCUGAGUCGUUUUCCUUGAAGCAUGCAGGGAGCGAGGGGGCGCUCCCCUCACCUCUCGUGGCAUCGCAGGACAAUUCUCCGGCCCCUCAGAGUCAGGAGCCCAUCCGGGCCAUUUUGCAGUGUUUUGCAGGCCAGGCUCGUGUGGCUUCAGCUUUGAUUAAGCAGGGCUACUUUUCCUAUGGAGUGGACCGAUUCAAACAGAAGGCGGCUAUGGCUCCAGUGCUUCAGAUGGACUUGUCGACGCGGGAGGCUUGUGACUCUGUCCUAACAUGGCUUGACAAACGCAAGAUUGCGGGUGUUAUGCUCUGCGUUCCGAGACAUGCUUCGGAACCUGUCACUACAGCCUUUAUUCUGGCCGUGAUGGCGGGCUGCUUAAGCAACAACCUGCCCCUGGUUCUUGAGGGUUCGGUGUCUUCCCCAUUUUGGGAGAGUUUGAAUCGCUUACCGUCAGCACAGCACCCUUCGCAUCGAGUGGAGGUGGAGUGGCGGUUUUGGGACCCCCACAACAAACAGCGCAGCCUCGUGUUGUCUAAUAUGCCAGAAGUCCUCACUGUGCGCAGGGAGGCAGUACCUGUGGGACAUAAGGCACAGCAGCGCCCGGAGGCGCAGACAGGCUACCCGCCGGCUUUUGCCACGGCGGUAGCUGAGGUUUUUAUUGCCGGUCUGACUCAACGACAGUUGCCGUGCCGUAGCCCGGCCUUGACUAACAAAUCAUUGCGAGUUUCGGCUAUGAGUCAGCCACGUGGGGCGAUGCCGGAGGUGGUGUCUGAGUGGAAGUUGGUGGUCUAUGUCCUUCUGCCACCGCAGGUUGAGGACCCGUUUGGCGGGUCGAAGCGCCUUAAACAGGACUGGAAGGUCCCGCACGGCGCCCGUGUGCUGCCGGAGCUCAGGGCGCUCCCGCAGGAUUCCCAGCUUCUGUCGCGUACUCAGUCAGGGGGGCAAUUGAGCCCGCAACUUCAGCAGGAAAUGCAGAACUUGAAUGGAGCCUCGGUUUUGCGAGUGGGCAUCCCCUGGGAUCCCAUCGAAUUCAUUGCCAAAGCAGGUAAGAUUGGACACCCGUACCAUAAGCUAUCCAAGUGCAACAAGGAAAUCGAUCAGCUGUUGUGGGACAAGACGAUGGAAGAGGUACAGAGUGGAUACCUCUCUGGACCUUAUGAUUUCGAGUCGUUGCCGAAACGAUGUUUGGUCAGCUCCCGUUUUCCGUUGCUACAAGGAGAGAAGUUGCGUCCUAUUGACAACUACUCGUCGAGUUUGAUCAACGAUACGGUCACAGUCUCUGAAAAGCCCAUCACGCACUCUAUCGACGAAAUUGCUAUGUUGAUAAACACACUUUCGAGUGCUGCUCGAAAGAAGAACUUGAACGCAUUGUACGGGAAAACAGCGGAUCUGAAGGGAGCUUACAGACAACUGGCGGUGUCGGAUACAAGUUUAGAUUUUUCUUUCCUCUCGGUCUACGACCCGGCAGAGGAGAAGCCCAAGUUGUUCCAACAACUAGCUGUACCUUUCGGCUCUACCAAGGCCGUGUAUUUCUUCCUCAGAGUGGCGAGGGCUCUCUGGACUAUAUUGGUUAAAGGGGCCAAAAUCCCGACCACGAAUUAUUUCGACGACUUUGUUCUGCUCGCCCUUGGAGGAGAUAGGAGUUCGUGUUCACACGCUUUCGAUGAAGUUAUGAAGCUGUUAGGUUGGAAGCUGUCAGCGGAUAAGACAACGGAGUGGAACACUAGCUUCGAGGCACUUGGUGUUCUGUUCGAGCUUGACCAAACGGGAUCCGGAGUUCUGAAGGUCAGGAACACUGAGAAACGACGCAAGGAACUCACUGCUGCGAUCAAAGGUUUUCUGGCCAAGGGAACCAUGACUCAGAAGGAAGCUCUACAACUGCGGGGCAGAUUGCAGUUUGCUCAAGCCCAGUUUUUCGGUAGGCUGGGAAGAAGGUGCCUGACGGAGGUGACAAAGCAUGCCUACACUGGCAGGUUGAAGCUUUCGUCGAUGGCCAAGGAACGACUUGAAGAGUUUGGUAAGUUCCUUGACGUGGCUCAACCGAGGCUAGUGGGACAAGUUUCAUGCAGGACUUUUAUGAUCCUUACCGAUGCGGCGUUUGAAACGGAGUCUGGAACUGGAGGCCUGGGGGGCGUCCUUCUCACCGGGUCAGGUUCGGCACUCUCUUUCUUCAGCGUGCCGAUCUCAGAGCAGCAAGCCAAGUCUAUGUCGUUGCAAGAUGAGCAUACCAUCAUAUAUGAGCUAGAAAUGUUCGGGGUUUUGAUCGGUCUCAAGCUCUUGGUCGAAAAGACGGCUGCUUUCGCAGAAUCAUACGAACAGCCAGGUGCUGUUGCUGGAACUGGAGUGAUUUGUUAUAUCGAUAAUGAUGCUGCGAGACAUGCAUACAUUGCCGGCUCGUCGAAGAAAGGGGUCGCGGGGAUCCUUAUCGAUGAAGUCAAUUUCCUGGAGUAUGUCCACGGCAUCUUGCCGUGGUAUGCGAGAGUGGCAUCACCCGCCAAUCUACCCCACCGUGUGAAAAUAGCGUCGAGCUUUAACUUCUUGCAUGUGACAUGUGUGAGUGCAAGCAUUCAUCCCUGA